AGGGGGGAUGCUGGCAUUUCAUCGGCAGAGGGGCCUUGGUGCCCCUCGGGCUCUGCUCUUGCUGCCAUGGGAGCAGGUCAUGUGUGGGGGUGGGGAGAGCAAGACUCCUGCCUGCGCUGUGUACCCCACUGGAGUCCUGGACCCACGUGUCUCCCCCACUCACCACGCAGCAGGGUGCCCUGCAGCUCCUGCUGCACCCAGGGCAGAGGCAGGGCCAGUGAGGCUGCGGGUGUAUGGGCUGUGCCUGGGAUGGCAUGGAGCUUGCUGUGACUCCUGUGUGCCAAGGCUGGUCCCCUGUGCUGUCCCCGAGGCAGGGGGCUCCCUGCAGCCCCUGUGCCAGCCUGGUGCCUGCGCCGGUGCCCGUGCCCACCCUGGACUCCCCCAUUGCCCAGCCCGAAGAGCUGCCCCUGCCCAAUGGGGUGGAGGGCACAGGCAAAGUGGAGCCGAGCGAGGAGCAACCCGAGUCGGAUGUCAGCCCCAUCUCGGAGCCUGAGGAGCCAGUCCAGCCUGGCACCCCUGCCUCCCCCCCGGCAGAGGAGGAAGAGGAGGAGAGCGAAGGCCCUGGCGAGGCCCAGGAGCGGAGCUCGAGCCCGGCCCCUGCCCCUUCGCAGACCUCGGAGGCGACUGCGCAAGUUGCCGUGUCGGUGCCAAAGAAGAAGCGAAGGAUGAAGGAGUUGAACAAGAAGGAGGCAGUAGGCGAUUUGCUGGAUGCCUUUAAAGAGUCUCAGAUCAGCGACAGUGCCUCAGAGGUGGAGAACAAGCCCCCCGCGUCCACCCCUGCCCGUGAAACGGAGGACACAGCCCCCGCCCGUCCACAGGAAGAGUCAGAGGAGACGUGGGAGGAGAAGGAGGACAAGCUGGCCCCAGAGAAGGGCAAGGCCGCUGACCAGAAGUAUCGUUACAAGGAAGAGCAAUGGAAGCCGCUGAACCCUGAGGAGAAGAAGCGAUAUGACCGGGAGUUCCUGCUGGGCUUCCAGUUCAUCUUAGCCAGCAUGCAGAAACCCGAGGGGCUGCCCCAGAUCACAGAUGUGGUGCUGGACAAGCCCUGUGUACCUUCGCAGGCCAACAAGACCCCACUGCGGGCACUCGACCCCAUCCGCCUCAGUGGCAUGAACUGCAGCCCUGACUUCACCCCCUCAUUUGCCAACCUCGGCCGGCCCGUCAUGGGCAACCGGGGCCUGCCCUCAGGUUUGGGUCCCCGCCGCUCCCAGCAGAGCCAGAGGAAGGAGCCCCGCAAAAUCAUUGCCACUGUGUCCCUCAAUGAGGAUGUCAAGCUGAACAAGGCCGAGAAGGCCUGGAAACCCAGCAGCAAGCGUGCCUCAGAGGAAGAGGAUCCUGAGAACAUCAAGACGCAGGAACUGCUCCGCCGUGUCCGCAGCAUCCUCAACAAGCUGACACCCCAGAUGUUCCAGCAGCUGAUGAAGCAGGUGAUGGAGUUGUCCAUCGACACGGAGGAGAGGCUCAAGGGUGUCAUCGACCUUGUCUUCGAGAAGGCCAUCUCGGAGCCAAACUUCUCUGUUGCCUAUGCUAACAUGUGCCGUUGCCUUAUGGGGCUCAAAGUGCCCACAACAGACAAGCCCACGGUUACUGUGAACUUCCGCAAGCUGCUGCUCAACCGCUGCCAGAAAGAGUUUGAGAAGGACAAGGAUGACGAUGAGAUCUUUGAAAAGCGACAGAAAGAGAUGGAUGAUGCCAGUGCUCCUGAGGAGAAGGCACGCAUGAAGGACGAGCUGGAGGAGGCACGGGACAAGGCCCGACGGCGAUCACUGGGCAACAUCAAGUUCAUUGGAGAGCUCUUCAAACUGAAGAUGUUGACAGAGGCCAUCAUGCAUGACUGUGUGGUGAAGCUGCUCAAAAACCAUGAUGAGGAGUCUCUUGAGUGCCUUUGCCGCCUGCUUACCACCAUUGGCAAGGACUUGGACUUUGAGAAGGCCAAGCCCAGGAUGGACCAGUACUUCAAUCAGAUGGAGAAGAUCAUCAAAGAGAAGAAGACAUCAUCCCGAAUCCGUUUCAUGCUGCAGGAUGUGAUUGACCUCAGAAGGAAUAGCUGGGUGCCGCGGCGAGGAGACCAGGGCCCCAAAACCAUCGACCAGAUCCACAAGGAAGCAGAGAUGGAGGAGCAUCGGGAACACAUCAAAGUGCAGCAGCUCAUGUCAAAGGACAAGAGGAGAGGACCCCCCGGGCCAUCCUCUAGUAGUGGACGUGGGAGCCUGGUCGCAGACGAUGGCUGGAACACUGUGCCCAUCAGCAAGGGCAACCGGCCUAUCGACACCAGCCGGCUAACGAAGAUCACCAAGCCUGGAUCCAUUGACUCCAACAACCAGCUCUUUGCGCCGGGCGGGCGGCUGAGCUGGGGCAAAGGCAGCAGCGGAGGGUCUGGUGCGAAGCCUGCAGAUUCAGCAUCUGAUUCAGGGCGACCAGCCACGAGCACCUUGAACCGCUUCUCAGCACUCCAGCAGUCAACCCCUGCUGAGAACCUGGAGUCCCGCCGCGUGGUGCAGAGGAGCAGCUCCAGCCGCGACAGGUCAGAGAAGGCUGGGGACAGAGGGGACCGGGAGUCGCGUUCGGAGAAGGGCAGCGACCGCCUGGAGCGUCCUGACCGGGGGGAGCGGGCAGACAGGAACAGGUCUGCCCUCACCAAGAGGAGCUUCAGCAAAGAGACAGAGGACAGGAGCCGAGAACGGGAGAAGCAGGGCGGCCCCGAGGCUGUGCGCAAGGCUGCUAGCAUGACAGAGGAACGGGACAGGAGCCGAGACACCAUUAAGCAAGAGCCAGCACCUCCUGCAGCAUCCCCCAAGCCUGCACUGUCAGAAGAGGAGCUUGAGAAGAAAUCCAAGGCGAUCAUAGAGGAAUACCUGCACAUCAAUGACAUGAAGGAGGCCCUGCAGUGCGUGCAGGAGCUGGGCAGCCCUUCCUCGCUCCACAUCUUCGUGCAGAAUGGCAUUGAGUCCACUCUGGAGAGGAGUACCAUCUCCCGCGAGCACAUGGGGGUCCUGCUGUGCCAGCUGGUGAAGGCAGGCACACUCUCCAAGGAACAGUACUACAAAGGGCUGCGGGAGAUCCUGGAGGCCGCAGAAGACAUGGAGAUUGACAUCCCGCACAUCUGGCUGUACCUGGCCGAGCUCAUCACCCCCAUCCUGCAAGAGGAAGGCAUACCCAUGGAGGAGCUGUUCAGGGAGAUAACAAAGCCCCUGGUGCCCAUUGGGAAGGCCACCACGCUGCUGGUCGAGGUGCUGGGCUUGUUGUGCAAGGGCAUGAGCCAGAAGACCGCAGGCAAGCUGUGGCGGGAUGGGGGCCUGAGCUGGAAGGAAUUCCUGCCUGAGGACCAGGAUGUCAACAAAUUUGUCACAGAGCAGAAAUUGGAGUACACAAUGGGGGACAGCUCGGACACGCCGAGCCGCAAGGAGCUGACCUCAGAGGAGCUGUGCAAGCAAAUGGACAAACUGCUGAAGGAGAACCCGAACAACCAAAGAAUACAUGACUGGAUUGAGGCCAACCUGAGCGAGCAGCAGGUCUCGUCCAACACAUUUAUCAGGGCCCUGAUGACAUCCGUAUGCCACUCAGCCAUUGUCUUCGAGAACCCCUACCGUGUGAACACCCUGGUCAUCCACAACCAAGCCAAGCUGCUGCAGAAGUACCUGCGGGAUGAGCAGAAGGAGCUCCAGGCGCUCUACGCCCUGCAAGCCUUGGUGGUGAAGCUGGACCAGCCUCCCAACCUGCUACGGAUGUUCUUUGAUGCCCUCUACGAUGAGGACGUCAUCAAGGAGGAGGCUUUCUACAAGUGGGAAUCCAGCAAGGACCCAGCCGAGCAGCAGGGCAAAGGGGUGGCUCUCAAAUCAGUGACGGCCUUUUUCACCUGGCUCCGGGAAGCUGAGGACGAGUCAGACAACAACUGAGCAUCUGUGAGGAGGAAGAGGAGGAGGAGGAGGGGGAAGGGGGAAGAGAGAGCGGGGCACCCCAGGGAGUGACUCCAUCCCCUCCCAUCCCUGGGCCCCCUGGACUUGCUGAUGCUGGGGCCGAGGGACCUGCUCUGCCCUCCUGCAGCCCCCCCCUCUCUUUUCAGUUAUCCUCCUCUCCCUCCCCCCAUCCCGGUUCUGUUUGUGAGGCCUGUACUAGUUUGUCACUAUGAUAAUAAAUGGAUGCUGGUGGAGGCGGCUGUUGCCGUGGGUCCCCUCGGGGCCCUUCCUCUCCCCCCUCCCAGCACAGGCACACCAGGUCUCUGGGAGUGGGGCAGAGCACCCCCAGACUCAUGUCGUGAGGAGGGGGGACAGGAUGGGGACAUAAUCUCUCCCCUCCUCUCUUCCCUCCUCUUUCUCCUCCCCACUUCUUGCUGAAAUAUAGAGAGAUUAUAUAUAUAUAUAAACUUAUUAAAUUUGGUUUGGGGACAGGAGCGUGAUUUCUCCCCCUCCCCUGUCCUCUCUCUAUUCCUCCAUCACUGCCUGGACCCCCCCUCUAUGGUUUUUUAUUUUAAAUAUAUAAAUCAUUCCCCCCCAGCUCUUGCUCUGACACCUGGGGAGGGUGCCGGGGAGGAGGGGGGGUGACCCCUUCUCUCUGGGCCAGGCUGAGUCCCCUCCCACCCCCU